UGGCCAUCUCUGCCGCCGGUCAGAACCAGCGCUUGAUCGUUCAGUGUCCCGCUGCGUCGGGAUCAGAGGACGCAAAUCAAGUGAAACAAAUCUCCUGACAGGAGAAAAAGUUCAUGCCGGAGUUUUCACAUACCUCAGAGGGACAUAUGAAGUCCAAGCUGAAUAUGGAGAGUAUGACCAAGCCAGAGUUGCUGAUGCUUUUCAGCAUCCUGGAGGGAGAGCUGGAGGCGCGGGACCUGGUCAUCGAUGCCCUGAAGGCCCAGCGUAAAGAUCUGUUUAUCCAGGAGCGGUAUGGCAGGUACAACCUCAGUGACCCCUUCCUAGCCUUGCAGAGAGACAGUGAGGCUGUAGGAGGCCAGAACAAGGAGUUGGGCUGUUCCUCCUCCACCUCCAACCCUCUGGUGGUUCUCAAACUUGUGGUGAGCCACUGCAGGAGGAUGCAGGAGAAGAUGUUGGCCCAGCUGGCUGCAGCGGAGAGCAGGCACAGAAGGGUCAUUGCGGAUCUGGAGGAGGAAAAGAGGAAGCAUGCUGAGGACACAGCAGAGGGAGAUGACGUCACCUACAUCCUGGAAAAGGAGAGGGAGCGCUUACAACAACAGCUGGAAUUUGAGCGGAGCCAGGUUAGGCGGUUGGAGAAAGAACAGCGGCGGAUUACUGACCAGCUCGAAGAAGAACGGGCUCAGCACAAACAGCUCUCCUGUGCUUUGGCCAAAGAGUGCAAGUGGGCAAGCGCCAGGGCUCUGGAGGAGGGUCACCGGCUGACUGAGCUGGGCCGUAAACUGGACAAGGAGAAGGAGGCUUGUCAGGCCCUGACAAAUGAGCUGGAGGACGAGAGGAGGAGAGCGCUUAGAAUGGAGGCGAGGGUGGAGGAGCAGCUGGCUGAGUUUGACACUGAGCGAGAGCAGCUCCGCUCCCGUUUGAAGAAGGAGGAAGCUCACUGCUGUCAGCUACAACAACAGGUAGAAGAGCUGAAGAGGAAGCUGGAGGAAGCAAAUAUGACGAGAGAUGUGAGGGAGGGAGCUGCGUUUCCCAUUGAGGCACAAGAAAAGGAGUGGGCCACAAAAGUUCUUCCAGGAAAAACAGCAGUAGACACUAUUAAGGUGGAGGACAUUGAGGAAGACAGAAACCAGCAACCUGUGCAGCCUAAAGUCAACGGUCACUGUCUGAUGGAGAUGGAGACCAACGGGCACAAUGGUGCAGAUAACGUCCACACAGAGAAGAUUUGCCUACAGAACGGGAGUGAAAAUUCCCCGUCCACUCUUCCUCCUUCCUCCCCCUGCGCCUCGCCUGUCCUUGCCAAACGCCCACCAGGCAGCCCAAGCCCUGGUAGCUACCACUCUCCCUACCAGGCCGGGAUCAACCAGCGCUUCCACGCCGCUCGUCACAAGUUCCAGGGCACCAUCGAACCGGAGCCUCAGGCACAGGUCGCAGCGCCACCCCUCUCGCCAAAGGAGGUCUCCCCCGCGAGCUCCUCCAUGGAAACUAGCCCGGUCAAGCAGAUGGCCCGGAGCACCGUCACUCAAGUCCUGUCUCGCUUCACCACCGUCCAGCAGGGUGUCACAGCGAAGCUUGCAGCACCGAACAAUUCCCCCUUCGGUACAGACUACCGCAGCCUGGCAGCGCCCUUGUCUCCCAUCAUUGGAAGGGCUGCAGGAGGACUACCGCAGGGGAUCAGGUCACCCACCAUCCCCAGGGCAGACAGGGGCAACCCUCCACCUAUCCCCCCUAAAAAGCCCGGUCUUGCCCAUGCCCCUCCCUCCCCGGCCACAGUGCCCAGGUCUGCCAGCCAUUUCUCAGACAGCGCCCUCUCAGGCACCUGUGGCCUCACCUCAAGCCAGGAGGGAGUCAAAGAACUGGACAUGGUGGUUUCCUCUAAUUAACUGAUCAUUUGAUCCGUCGAUUAAAUUAGUUAUAACUAGCUGCUACUCUGCUCGUGACAUGAUGGUUUAAUCCACGUCUCAUAAUUAUGAUUGAGAUAUUGUUUUUUACAUGACAUGAUGCUGAUUUGAACAGAGGUCCCUUCAAAACACUGUUACAAUUGUAUUUAUUAGAGGUUUUUUUUUUUUCUUUUAAUAUGCGAUGAGGCACAAUUUUUGGUAGUGGUCCAGUUGCAGGUACUAAUUAGCAGUUACAGCUGAUAGUUUCACAUGUGCCAAUACUGUAUGUUGGGCAAACCAUACUGUGGCAAAAGUCUGUCUAUGGUGUUAUAUUUCCAAAGAAUACAAACCAAAUCAUUCCCCCGAUGCUUUGUCUCAAGUAUGUUGCCCCAUUACCACAAAAACAGUAAUCUUCAGACCAAAUGUAACAUGUAGUCCCUGGACCAGUAUAUGCUAAACUGUCUCCUCUCAGUGUGCACUCACAUGUACUUAGCUGUUGUUUUUAUAAAAAUGUACAGUUAAUUUUAUAAAUGUUCCUUAGCUAUUAAAUGUAUUAAAGUUUUAUAAUCCAAUCAGUGUCAUAUUGAGCUGUGUCCAUGUAUUGCUUUAUGUAUGCUUAGCUAUGAUAAUCUUAUAAUUUCAGAUUAUAUGCAGGCACCAUUGUAAAAUAUUCAUGUUCAAGAUUUGUGAUUCUGAUCAAUUUCAUGCUUUUUGUCAUUUAAAAGAACAAUUAUGAAACAUGCAAGUUUUUUAUAGUCAGCCAUGGUUUUAAAUAUCAUAAGAGUCGCCAUGUUGAUUAUCACAUCCUUUACAGUACUGUAUAGCUGGAAAGUGACAGAUUUAAUAAAUGAAUCUUAAAGAUUG